AAAAGAAAGCGAAAGAGAAAAGUAAACGUGAAAGGUGUUUGUUGGCGAGAUUUUAAUAAUUUUUUUAUCAUCUUUUCUAUAUUCUUUGUUAAUGAACACCUUAUUUAACCAAUAUCUUUAAAUUUAAAGUUUACAUUGUUCAAGUUUCAGUGAAAAUACAGAGUUAGAGUUACGUUGCGAAAAUGGAUCCGGGCAUCCUUUGUUUCCACCAUUGUGAACAUAAAGUGUUUUGUACUGUUAUACCAGAAAAAUGUCCAGUGUGCAAACAAAAACUUGAUAGAUAUGAUUAUAAUCUUUUACCCUUUAGGGUGCCGUAUCCGUUCGUAAAAGCGUCUCAACAUCCACGAGCUAUUGUCAUAAAACCCACACAAGGAGAUUUCUUGAAUGAUUACUAUAAUUCGAAAGAUUUGCACAUAGGUGUUACCAAUUCUCAAGGUAGUGUGGUGGAAUUCAGUGAAAGAGGUAUUCAAGGAGUAGACCCAUCUACAAAGAAAUGGAGUAACUGUGAAACUAGCUCUGAUUGGGACCAGUGCCUCUUAUUGGAGCAAUUUGAUGAGCUUUGGAAUGAAAUCUGGGACAGUGUUUUAAUAAAGGUUGCUUUGAGUCCUCUAUGGGAAGCUAAAAGAUACAAUGAAGAAAGGCAUAAUUGCUUCACUUUUGUGCUGGCCUUCUUAAGAGCACUCGAUUGUGGGGAACUAUCUGAAAAGGCUCAUGAUCCUAAGCUCUUUUGCAAACAAUAUGUCGUCCCAAGAACUUCUGCUGCAGGGAAGUACAUUUCUCUUUAUAGACAAUUGAAGAGACAAAAUUACUUUAUACAAAACCAAUGAUAGAUUCUUGUAUUCAUUUAUGUUCAUGUUUAUUAUUAACUUAUUCAGUAUUAACUGUGAUGUUUAGAAUUUAGAUGUAAGUUUCUUAUAAAUUUGGUGUGCAUUUAAGUUAAACCAAUGAUAUGAAGAUAAUAUGAAAUGUUAUUGAUAAUAUCACAUGAAAUUUUUGUUUGAUAGGUGUGUUAAACACUGUUUUAUCCUUCAUAGAUUAAUUUAUUUGUUAACUACUUAAAUAUUGUUUCAAGUUUAGUCACUAGGACCAAUGUAAUAACCAGUGACUUACAAUGAAUAGCAAAGUAUUAUUUAUUUUAGUUAAAAUGUAAUUGAUCUUGUCUUGCCAAUGCAUUGUAUCUAUAGUUGUUAUACCACUUACAGUUUGUCGGCUAAGGUUUUGUUACAUUAACUAGCCUAAAAGAGACUGAUCAAUAAAAUACUUAUUAUUUCUAACACAACACUUUCAACAACUUAUAUGAGUUAGAUCUGAAUUCAAUCAUAAUUUAUUUAUUAAUUUAAAAAUGCCCACAAACUUUUUCUUCUUGAAAUAUUUUGUUUAUAAUAGCUUUGUCUCUAGCAGAAAAAUAAUAAAGUUUAGAAUCCCAACAGCUUUGAAUCCUUUAAUUUACCUAUUCAAUAAAAUGGGUUCUUAGCUGGCAUUUGCCUCACUUUAAAUACCUCAUUUCGAAUACAAACACAGUUGUUUAAAUAGUUUGGAUAUACUUUUCUGGUAUAUUACAUAAUGAGGAAGAAACUUUAUAGUGGUGCCUCAUCCUUCCAGAAUUUGAGAUUUGUUAAAAAACAAAUUAAAAUCUAGGAUGUAGCUUUUUUCUUUGAAUGAAUAAAUAAAAAAAGACACAUUAUUAACAUAUCUUAUAUUUUUAAUCAAAAUUAAAAUCAAUUGCGGAUAGACAUUUGUGGUAUUCUGAUGAAUUGAUAUGUGUAAAUAGCAUAAUAUCUCAGGGUACGAGUUUAGUUGAUCAUUACCUAUUCUUUAAUUUAUGGCUAGGGGUGAUGCACAAAAAUAUCUUACGUAUUCUACUGUAUUUAGUAGAUUGUUUAUGACCUUGAUUUGUUGAAUUUUUCCAGUGUAUUUCCACCAUUGACUUGUUUUGAUUUCAAUAUAUAAAAGUCAAUUACUAAUUUCGAUUAUACUAUAUGUAAUAAUUAUAAUAGACUUUUUCACAUUUUUACUUGUAUAAUAUUUAUGACAUUAUUCUACAUUGAAAUAACAAUUUAAAUGAUUCAUUAUUUAUGUAGAGUAAAUGAAAGGCUUUAUUUUCAUAAAUGUACUAAGGAAAUAAUGGUGUAUGUAGUGAUUCUGUAUUGUGGGUAGUUGUGCCUGUAUUAAGCAGCCUAAAUAUAUUCCAAUUUUAUAUCGCAUUAUAGAGAAUGUAAUGUAAUUUAAACUUAACCGAGGUUGCUAUAUAUAACAGCCGUACUAUUAAAGCGUGAAAUCAUCGUGUGCGAUUAAAUAAUCGAAUUCGAAUCGAAUAAUGUGGCGAAUGACGAAUAACCGGCGAUAAUGUGGUUACGCCAAAUGAAGGCUACCGUAUAUUUGCUCACCAGAUGGCGCGACAGUCGCGAAAGGUCCUGUUAAAGUUUAUUUACUACUUUUAAUUGUUUCAAUGAAUCUCAGGUACUCCAAAAUAAGCGUAAAAUUCGUUUAUUUGAAGAGAAACGCGUAUAGUUCACCGAUAUAGUAUGUUAUUUGAUAUUUUGAAAAUCUCACUAGCGCCUCUAGUGAUAAAUUCAAAUGUGUUAGCCCUCAGUGGCGCUAUUUAUAAUGUAUGAGUCGAAUAUGGAUAACGGUCAACUGCACGCUGGACCAUACAAAACUGUCUUAUUUCACAAAACUGAGUUCUUCACAGUGAUCCACAAUGCUUUAGAGUAGAGUUCAAAAUCAUUUGAGAAAAUUUUACAUAUAUGUAUAUCUCGUAAUUUCGAAAUAGAGCAAAAAUGUAUGUGUAAGAAAAGCUAAACAUAUCAUUUGAAAAUUAACAAUGAGUUAAAAAGGUUGCAUUACUUUAAAUAUAAACUCAUUUUUAAAUUAAUUAAUAUCAGCCAACUCAAAUAUAGCUUAAAUAGCGCCUUUUACUUUUAACAUUCCAUUAUCAAUAGGGAUGAUAGCGGGGUAAAAACACUUCCAAUAAAAAGCAAAUAUUAAAUACCUGUUAGCCCUUAUAGUUUAAAUUAGUAAUAUUUAUAAUAACAUGUUCACAACAGAUGAUUUUUUUACGAACUGACAUUCAUAAAGAGCAUAUUGGAUUAGUAAUAAAAAGAAAUGAUGUUAAAUAUCAAAGACAAAAACUUUGCAUGCUGAAACCUAGGAUAAAAUAAACGGUGGCACGGCACGCAGUUACAAAACUAAUACUUCCUUAUGCCCGAGUGCGCUAUCCCGUCCUAAAAAUUUGCUAUUAGUAUUUACUGCGAUCCCCUCCCCCCCGACGAUAUCUGGAUAAAAAUAUUAUUAUAAAGACUAACGCGUAUUUAUUGUUUAUUUUGUAUUAGAAGUGUUAUGUUAUGAUGGGGAGGGGGUAUUUUUUUUUAAUAAACACAUUGUAUAAUAAUAUUUAUGUAUCUCGAUUUUUGUCACUAGCAGUAUAUUCUGUCCACUCAUUGAGCCCUUUUCAAUGAGCCUAAACACGAUAUAUCUGCUGUUAGUUGUCGAGGAGUCAGGUACUCUGUAGACUAUCCUGACUGCAGCAUCAGGUCAAGGGCACCAUAUUAUUUUCGUGUUAUAUGAUUUGCUAUAUGUAUCAAGUUUUUUAACUCAAUCAGUGCAGUAGAAGUGUACUAAGAGUCCAUUAAAUUAACGAUUAUCUAAAAGCUGACGACCUUCAAGUGGCUGCACAGAUUUUAAUAAAACAUUUCUAAUCUUAGAACACUCGAUUAAGUCACAUUUGUAACAAAAAAAUAAUUAUCCAAAUCGGUUCAACCGUUUGGAAGCUACGAUGCCGCAAACAGAAUAACACACGUUAAACUUAUAACACCCCUCUUUUGCGUCGGGAAAUUUCGUACAAAGGGUACAGAUGCUUGAAUGGCGUUCAGAAAUGUUGAGUGUGUUGAACAUUAUGUCUAAAACAGAUGUUAAUCUGAUUCAUAUCAUUAAUUAGAAACAUCAAAAAAAGGUUUUGUUAUUAGAUUUAUUAGGAUAUAAUAAAUUAUAUGUUUUUAAUCAUGUAAUUAUAAUAAAGGUACACAAAGUGUAAUCAGUUUAAAACUAUUUAAAAAGGAUUUUUAAAAUACAUAAAUGUGUACCUACUUAAUUCUAAGUAUUUGUUGGUAAUAGUUUAAUACCUUAAUGUGACAUUAGUUAUUACACUCGAAUAUGUAUCAAAAUGUGUGAAGGAUCUCAAUGACAAAUUUGUAGGUGCUACGUUUCAAAUAAAGUUUUUAUUGAAAUUU